AUGCAGGCCAAAAAACGCUACCUUCUGCUGUCAGCCGGCGCCGGUCUGCUGUUGCUCAUCUACCUGGCGGGAGUGCGGAUCGGGCGGCUGUCCGCAGCGAGGAGACAGAGCCGACGGUGGGCUGCGGCCGAUGGCUCCUCGUCGGCUCCCGACCGCUGGCCUGAGUGGUCCAACUCGUUGCAGGGUUUCUCGGUCGGGGACCAGCCCGAGAAUGAAGAGUUCGGUCAACGCGGCUCCCCCCGGCACAAGAGGGAGAUUAACACCAGCGUGUACAAGGGCAAGAAGUGCCGCAUGGACUCUUGCUUCGACUUUUCCCUGUGUCACAAAAACGGUUUCAAAGUCUACGUCUACCCGCAGCAGAAAGGGGAGAAAACGUCCGAGAGUUACCAGAACAUCCUGGCAGCCAUCGAGAACUCCAAGUUUUAUACCUCGGACCCGAGACAGGCUUGUCUCUUCGUGCUAAGUUUGGACACUUUAGAUCGCGAUCAGCUUUCGCCUCAGUACGUACAUAAUCUAAAAACUAAAGUUCAGAGUCUGUACUUGUGGAACAAUGGCAGGAACCACUUGAUUUUUAAUCUCUAUUCGGGAACUUGGCCCGAUUACACGGAAGACCUGGGCUUCGAUAUCGGCCAGGCGAUGUUAGCUAAAGCCAGCAUCAGUACUGAAAAUUUUAGGAGCAAUUUUGACGUUUCCAUACCGCUCUUUUCUAAAGAGCACCCAAGGACCGGAGGAGAGAAGGGUUAUAUGCUUUUCAAUAACAUCCCUCCCUUGAGAAAGUACUUACUGGUAUUUAAAGGGAAAAGAUAUUUGACUGGCAUAGGCUCUGAUACCAGGAAUGCCUUAUAUCAUGUCCAUAAUGCAGAGGAUAUUGUCCUCUUAACGACCUGUAAACAUGGAAAAGACUGGCAGAAACAUAAAGAUGCCCGCUGUGAUAAAGACAACAGUGAAUAUGAAAGAUAUGAUUAUCGUGAAAUGUUGCAUAAUUCCACCUUCUGUUUGGUUCCACGUGGUCGUAGAUUGGGAUCUUUCCGGUUUCUGGAGGCUUUACAGGUUAUUGUGUUAUGGGACUGUGACAAACCUUUGCCAGCCAAACAUCGGUGGCCCUCCACUGCUGUCCCUGUAUUGGUAAUCGAAGGGGAAAAUAAAGUUAUGAGCAGUCGUUUUCUUCCCUAUGAUGCCAUCAAUACGCAUGCAGUACUUAGCCUUGAUGAAGACACUGUUCUUUCUACCACUGAGGUGGAUUUUGCCUUCAUUGUGUGGCAAAGCUUCCCUGAGAGAAUUGUGGGAUACCCAGCUCGCAGUCAUUUCUGGGACAGCACUAAGGAAAGAUGGGGUUACACCUCUAAAUGGACCAAUGAUUACUCUAUGGUCCUAACAGGCGCUGCUUUCUACCAUAGGGCAUUGGUGCGUCCCUUGCCGCUUGUUGUGUACAUUAAUGAUCUAGACAUGAACGUAGGAAGUGAGAUCAGUUAA